AUGACCAGCAUGGGAACUAAUGAAACAGUAAAGCGGAGUUUGACGGCUUCGCCGCAGCCCAAGAGGCUUAAGAAACCCAAGUUGAGGAAGUACAAGGCAAAAAAAGUAGAUGAAACUUCACCGCUGGGUGUUUUGCAACUGGAGAUUGAAGAAAUAGUGAAAGAGCACGGUUGGGAUCGGAGUAUUAUCCAGAACGACGUCAGCGCAAUCUUGAAUGACACUUCGAGAGAAGGGCCAGUGACCACAGCCUACCAUCGUGAAGUACAGGGAGUAGAAGUGCUCAAAAUCGUGUCCAAUGGUGACGGACUGGGUGUUAUUGAUAACCCCGUAGAAGAGGGAAAGAAGCAGGUGGUUGUGAUACCGUUUGGCCUUCCUGGAGACAUUGUUGAUAUCAAAGUUUUCAAGACUCAUCCACUUUAUGUUGAGAGUGAUUUGUUAAGUGUGACAAAGAAGAGUGAGAUGAGAAAAGAUGAAUUGAUCAACUGUAAAUAUUUCGGUAAAUGUUCUGGUUGCCAGUUCCAAUUCCUGCAAUACGAUGAUCAGUUGGAAUUGAAAAGAAAUACAAUUGUAAGAGCUUUUCAGCAUUUUGCUCCAAGGUUGUGCUCUGAAGGGUUACUCCCCGAGAUCGGCAAGACUAUUGGAUCACCUAUCGAUUACAACUAUAGAACAAAGCUGACACCUCAUUUUGAUGUCCCAAGGAAAGUGACCGAGAUGAAGACAAGACCACCUCUCGGCUUUGGCCAAAAGGGCCGUCCCAAAUGGAGACAAGAAACUUUAGAAGUAGGUGGCAAUGCAUCUAUCCUCGAUAUCGAAGAAUGCCCUAUUGGAACUCAAAUUGUCAACGUAGGAAUGCAUAAUGAAAGACAGCGGUUCGAGAAAGAUUUUCAAAAAUACAAGAAGGGUGCAACGAUUUUACUGAGAGAAAACACAAGUGUGCUCGAGUCAUCACAGGAAUUGAGCGAUGAACUGAUCAAAGAGGGCUCGAAAGAUUCCGAUGAUAAGACAUCAUAUUUCGAAAGCACAGACGAACAAAACAGCAAGAAAUUGGUCAAGACGUGUGUUACAAACACCAGGCAAGUAGUCACAGAGUACAUUGACGGUUUCACUUUCCAAUUCAGUGCUGGUGAAUUCUUCCAAAACAACAACUCAAUCCUACCUCUAGUUACCAAAUACGUGCGUGAAAACCUACAAAUACCGAACUCAAAGCCAGAGGAAGAACAUAACCUUGUCGAUGCGUACUGUGGCUCAGGACUCUUUAGUAUUUGCAGCUCCAAAGGAGUCACAAGAGUCAUUGGUGUCGAGAUCUCAGCAGACAGUGUCUCAUUUGCUGAAAGAAACGCGGAAGCCAACGGUGUCAAGAACUGUCGCUUCAUCGUCGGUAAGGCCGAGAGACUAUUUGAAUCGAUUGACACUCCAAGUGACAGAACCUCCGUUGUCCUGGAUCCACCAAGGAAAGGAUGUGACGAACCAUUCCUCAAGCAAUUAGCAGAAUAUCGUCCUGCCAAGAUCGUCUACAUCUCCUGCAACGUGCACUCCCAAGCAAGAGAUGUCGAGUAUUUUCUCAAAGAAACCCCCAACGGGAAAAAUUACAAAGUGGAGAGCCUCAGAGGUUUCGACUUUUUCCCACAAACCCAUCAUGUCGAAGGUGUAUGUGUCUUGACUAGAAUAUAG